UCUCAGGGUUGUUUUGAUUUGUGCAGAAGAUUCUUAGUGUGGUUAUGGACUCAUUGUCCCAGACAAGGGGUGAGAGCCCAGAGCUCGGGAACUGUGAACCGGAGAGACCAUGUAAAAGACUCAAGUUGAGGACCAGUGCCCUGGCAGAGCUGGUCACCCUGGAACAACUGCCCAACCUGGGGCCAGAUUUUCUGGGGACCCUAGGGAAGAGAAAUGUGUCCUAGAGAGAUGGGAGCAGGAAGAGUCUGUGUGUCCCAAGGCCAGGCUGACAUAUCAGGGCUAAAGCACUUGGUUCUCACUGUCUGAUUAUAAAAUGGACAGCAGAGAGGUGGCCUCAGAGCUGCCUGGAAGACCAAGGCUGUGCUGAGAACUCUGGCUGCUCACUGGUGGGAGCUGCUAUGAGCAGCGUUUGGAAACAGAUGCUGUAAGUGAAGACUCUGGAAAGGUCUCAGAUAGCAAUCAAUCCAUAAAAGGGAGGGCGGUGGGAGGGAGGUGGGACCUAUGCCUGAGCCCGUCCUUCCCAGUGAAGUCAUGCGCAAGACAUAUCUGCUCUCCACACACACGAGCUCGUGACUCUGCACACUUCCUUUGCUUAAGACAAACUUGUCUCUUGGCUCUGGAUACCCGCUUUGCCAGGAUUUAUGGAGGCCGCCAAGUGUGACCACAAGCCUCCCUGUUUCCGCAGUAAAACCAUCCUGUGACCCGGUGGGAUUCAACAGGGUACUCCCUGCAUUUGCAGAGGACGGCACAGGCUGUGGGUUUUUGUUCAAAGGCAGUGGAGAAGAACACAAAUAGUGUCCAGCAUGUCCUGGAAGUAAGCCCCACAUUCUUGCAGGAAAGUUUGUCAAGAGCGGAAGUAGGGAGGCCCCACGGUGGCAUUGGCCCAGUGACAUCAGGGUAUAAAGGGACAAGAAAAAGGGGCUAGGAGCACACAGCCCAGAGCUUCCUGGAGUCUUGGCACCUCCCCCAGCGUCCAGAACCCUCAGGAGCCAUGCUGCUGUUGCUGACCUUGGCUCUCCUUGCUGGUCUCACCUGCAGUGCCCAGAAUGUCCAGGGCAAAAAUGAUGCCAAAUAUUUCUACGUUAAAGGUGAAGAUGUGGGGGAUCUCAAGGGGAUCCGGAUCUUCCUAAGUCUUCUAAACUUCAUUAAGGGCAUCCAGCUGCGGUUUGGUAAUGACUGGAGUGACGUGUACGGAUCCCGGUCACUAAAAUAUAAAGAGUUCCUUCUGGAGGAUGGAGAGCACGUGACACAGGUGAGCGGCACCAGAAAGCUCUGCCUGACUUCCCUGAGCUUCACUACUAACAAGGAGCGAGCGCUCACCUUUGGUGUUAGAACAGGCCGCUCCUUUGAUGACAGUGGUGGUUCUGACAAGCAUCUAGUGACUGUCAAUGGUACACACACACCAGGCCUCUGCAUCACAGGGAUGGGCUUCAAAUGGGAAGUUAAUACAAAGGACUUGAAGGCCACCGAGCCUCCGAGAGAGCCAGUGGGUAGCUCUGAGGCUUCCGACAAGAAGGAAGAUGAAGGCAGAGACAAUGAUGAUGUUGAUGACGAAGACAAUAACAAAGAUGGUGAUGAUGGUGAUGAUGGUGAUGAUGGUGAUGAUGGUGAUGAUGGUGAGGAUGGUGAGGAUGGUGAGGAUGGUGAGGAUGGUGAGGAUGAUGAUGGUGGUGAUGACAACGACGGUGAUGAGGAAGAAGAGUAGCAUGUUCAGAGCUCAGCCCUGCAUCCCCGCAUUCCACCACCUCCUCUCAGCCAAGCUUACCCACUCACAGGGACCAAUAGACCAGGUGACCCUGGGCUGAAGUAGGCAAAGUCCAAAUGCCCUUUAUCUCUCUGUUCAAUAAAGUAUGUGCAUCUAUGUGA